UCCGGGAAACGGGAAAAUUGUUUUCCUCCGAGAAGGGCAACUGCCAAGCCCCUCGACUCUCUCUCUGCAAUAACAAUUGCCCCUCUAUCUCAUGAAAACUACAAAUGUGCCAUUCUAUCCCUCCCCGCUAUGCUACGCUACUGUUUCUCUCUCCCCCACCCCCACCCUCUACCCUAGCACGGCGUGCCCGACGGUGAUGAAGAGGACUUCACCGGGAGAGAGGCUCGAUCGGCGGCGCAAUCAGAUGGCGACGGAGCUCUUUGUACCGUCGAAACCCUAAACCUCCCCUGUUGAAUUUCUGCUCCAUCCACAUUUUGGUGAAUUUAAGAUUCUACCCUUGAGAUAUAUUUGCGAAGAGAGAGGGAGACAGGACCGGUUGCCAUGCAGACGAUCAACAAGCAGAGUGGAUCUCGGAACCAAGUCACCGGGACGUCGAAGCAAGCUGUGCCUCAUAAUCUGCAGCAGCAGAGCACACGCCUCCCAACUGCAGUAAGUGGAAGCCUAACAAAAGGUCUAACACUCCUGGACGAGUUCAAGAACGGGUUCCCAUCAGAAGGCUUGUCAGUUGCCUCGAACAGGUGGUGGGGAAGCGAUUCUGGAGACGAGACCGAAACCAAGGAAGAUGGGGAGCAGAAAGCCGACGAUGCAGCAGCCGAAAUGAAACCCGAGGAAGAGAAAGGGAGCAGCGGUGUCGAUUUGACUGGGACAAGUCUACUGACAGCGGUGAGGAAAAGGGCAGCAGAAGAAGGACGAGCAGCUCUCAAGCUGGGCGUCUUCAAGAGCCGCCGUGUUCAUGACAUCGGGGAUCAGGAACGGAAUCUGCUGCUCGGGCUUUUCCAUUCGUCAUUGCCAAAGGAAUGGACGGACAAUCCAAUUUAACCCCAGGUUCCGAUGGAAAUGAUACUGCUUAUGUGAUCUGUAUUCCAUUGUGUGAACUCGGAAUGCCUGAAGUGAGAAAAUUUGCGGCCUACUGAUAUUUGAAUUGAACCAUGGACAGAUUGAAACCUGGGUGCAGAAUUUCUAUGAACAAUUUGGCAGUACA